CGCAGGCUCCCGGCGCCGGCGCUUCCGGGUUGGCGGCGGCGUCGCGGGGGCCCCAGUCCGGGGCGGGGAGGCGCAGGAGCCCCGGCGGCGGGUUCUGCGGAGCGGGGCGCCAGGGCGGCCCCGGCGGGAGUGCUCCCGCCAGGCUGCAGGGUGGGCCGGGCGCCCCGAGAGGCAAAAUGGUUAAAAAUGCGUGAAAUCGAGACAUUGUAGUUCCCACUCUAAUCUGUGCAACUGUGGAAAGUUAGUGCUGGGAAAGGACUUUCAAGAUGGUUGAUUCCCAUUCCUUAAUUUUACAGAGGAGAAAACAGACCCCGGAGAAGUAGCGCGGAUGUUGGAAAGUCACCUAGCUAGGUAACGGUGUGACAGGGAUGAGAGUCGCGGUCUCGGUUUGCUUCACGCUUCUUGGCCUCUACAGAAAAUGGCAGAAACGUCAUCAGAGCCUUCUGGGCAGCUCGUUGUACACUCAGACACUCACAGCGACACUGUUCUGGCCAGUUUUGAGGAUCAGCGGAAGAAAGGCUUUCUCUGUGACAUCACGUUAAUCGUGGAGAAUGUGCAUUUCCGGGCUCACAAAGCCUUACUCGCGGCCAGUAGUGAAUACUUCUCAAUGAUGUUUGCUGAAGAGGGGGAGAUCGGCCAGUCCAUUUACAUGCUGGAAGGCAUGGUUGCCGACAUAUUUGGUAUCCUGCUGGAGUUCAUCUACACGGGUUGUCUCCAGGCCAGCGAGAAAAGCACAGAACAAAUUCUGGCCACUGCUCAGUUCUUAAAGGUCUAUGACCUGGUAAAGGCUUACACAGAUUUUCAGAAUAAUCACAGCUCCCCAAAGCCAACGCCUCUGAACACCGUUGGCGCUCCGGUGGUGGUGAUUUCUAAUAAGAAAAAUGGUCCUCCGAAACGGAAGCGGGGGAGACCGAGAAAAGUCAACAGUGGGCAGGAGGGGAAAUCACAACUGGCUGCCGAGGAAGAAAUACAGCUGAGAGUAAACAAUUCAGUUCAAAAUAGACACAACUUUGUGGUGAAAGAGGCAGAUGGUGGCACACUGAAUGAACAGAUUCCGGUGAAAGAUCUGGAAGAGCCCGAGCCUGCCUGUGAGCCGGGCAGAGGGGAGGAAAUGCCUGCUGAGAAAGACGAGAACUGUGAUCCCAAGACCCAGGAUGGGCAGGACAGCAAGAGUCGGUACAGCAAGCGGAGGAUUCAGAGGUCCGUCAAGCUUAAAGAUUACAAACUUGGCGGGGAUGAAGACGAGCAGAGUUCAGCCAAAAGGGUCUGUGGAAGGAGAAGGCGCCCAGGGGGCCCUGAGGCCUGUUGUAAGGACUGUGGCAAAGUGUUUAAGUACAAUCACUUUUUGGCAGUCCACCAGAGGAGCCACACGGGGGAGCGACCUUUCAAGUGUAAUGAGUGCGGAAAAGGCUUUGCCCAGAAGCACUCCCUGCAGGUCCACACCCGGAUGCACACAGGCGAGCGGCCCUACACCUGCACCGUGUGCGGCAAGGCUCUCACCACCAAGCACUCGCUGCUAGAGCACAUGAGCCUGCAUUCAGGACAGAAGUCUUUCACCUGUGAUCAGUGUGGAAAAUAUUUCAGCCAGAAAAGGCAACUAAAGAGCCAUUACCGAGUUCAUACAGGCCACUCAUUACCGGAAUGCAACCACUGCCAUCGCAAGUUCAUGGACGUGUCUCAGCUAAAGAAACAUCUACGAACACACACAGGUGAGAAGCCAUUUACUUGUGAAAUCUGUGGCAAAUCUUUCACAGCAAAGAGUUCUCUUCAGACCCACAUCAGAAUCCAUAGAGGAGAGAAGCCCUACUCCUGUGGCAUAUGUGGCAAGUCCUUCUCGGACUCCAGUGCCAAGAGGAGACACUGCAUUCUGCACACGGGCAAAAAGCCUUUCUCCUGCCCGGAGUGUAACCUGCAGUUCGCGCGCUUGGACAACCUGAAGGCUCACUUGAAAAUCCACAGCAAAGAGAAGCCCGCGUCAGAUGCCCCCAGCGGUCCUAACACCGAGGAGGUCAGGAAUAUUCUCCAGCUGCAGCCGUAUCAGCUCGCGGCCUCCGGAGAGCAGGAAAUCCAGCUUCUCGUCACCAAUUCUGUACACAACAUCAACUUCAUGCCGGGCCCCAGCCAGGGAAUCAGCAUCGUCGCCGCGGAGGGCUCUCCGAACUUGGCGGCGGAGCAGGCUGCCGACCUGGCCCUGCUCACGCAGCCACCGCAGCCGCUGCAGAACUUCCUUCUGUCCGCCCCGCAGGAGCCCACGGAGCACAUGCAGGGCCUCAGCGUGAUCGAGAGCCCGCUGGAGCCCGCGCAGACCGAGCCGGUGCACGUAAUCACGCUCUCCAAGGAAACCCUGGAGCAUCUGCAUGCCCAGCGGGGGCAGGCCGCGGAGCUGCCCUUGGCAGGUGCGCCGGACCCCGCUCCGCACCUGCCCCUGCCGCCGGCCCCGCCCACCGCCCAUGUGCCCGCUGCCCACGUGCCCCCGCCCGCCCCGCUGAGCCCGGACCGAAGCUGACCUGACCUGGACGCGCCUUCUGGCCGUGAACCUCUUCGGUGCACCUCGCUCCUAGGACGGCAGGCUUUCUGAACCGCUCCGAACGCAGCCUUCGGGUCCCGGGACCGCUCGCUGACGGUCCUCCCGCUCUCCACCCAGGCCCCAAGAUGUGCGUUUCGUGUCUUGUGUGCUGUCCUGAUCUGGAUUUAGCCUUCGAUGUUGACGAACGGUCUUCAUUGUCCUCGACAUCUCUGAAAGUCGUGGGUAAUUUUGAUUUGGGGGCACUGAAUUAGACUCGAAGUCUUGAGUGUCCACGGCCACAGGUUAUAUGGUUUUGCUGACCUUUCCAGUUAGCUUUUCUAGAACAAAGGAAGCCCAGUACUGGUUGAAUGCAGUAGAAUGGUUUGUUCCACUUUUUUAUUUCUCAAAGGCAACACAGUUGCUUUUCUAAGGUAAGUCAGGGCUGAAUGCGACAGAUGACAAUGCCGGAGAAUCUGUCCUUCUACUAUCUUCUAAUUCCCUAAGACUGAGUCACUGUCAACAUUUAAUCUCUGUGUGGUACAGUGGGUUCUUGUGUCAUAUUUAAGGGAGAUUCAAAGGCAUAGAAACUGAAAGUCUGUUGUAACUCAAAAUGAAUAUAAUAAAGUCAAAAAAGUACAGGAUUAUUUUAAAAAUUUUAACUCAGCUUUUCUGAGAAACAUGGAUUUAUUUUUUUUGGAUUUACAUAUUUUUUUAAAAGCAGGUUAUUGAAAAUUUAAUUUAAAAGUCUAAUGAAACUGGAUCAAGACAUUCAGCCCAUAAAUUCUGAAUUUUUGUCAGCAGUGAUACUUGUUUGAUAAAGUUAAGACUCCGUUAUCCUGGAAUAUAAGAUUUUAUUCAAUAUCAUUUAAGUGUCAAAUAUACUCUACUGAAUUCUAAUUGAUCCUGAAAGUGAUCUGUGCAUUGUGUCUGAUAACUUUCUGGAGAUGGGACCUUAUAAUCUAUUUUUAUUGCCAAGUAGGUUAAAUCUCACAAAAUGGACAUCUCAUUUUAAAAAGUAAAUAUCAUCACCUAAUCUUAAAAAUAAUCUGAACCUCAGAGCCUUAGUAACCUGUCUAUAACUGUGGUAGGAUUUUAAAUUUAAUUGUCAAAAGUUGAAAUUAUGUGUGGGUUAGGUUUUCAAGCCCAGUGUACUUUUUGAAUACUAUGAUUACUUUCUCUCAAGGGAACUGAUAGAAAAUUUUGGAAAAGAGAAUGGGCACUAGUACAUCUAAGUUAACAUAAUGCUGGUGGAGAGUAGGGCUAAUCUGUCCUAAAAUGAACUGGAUCUUGAGAUCAGUUACUUUCUUGCUUUAGGCAUCUUUGAUUUCUACCUGAAUCAAGAAGGUUUUUUUUAGAGGUUAAGGUAAUACAUUUCUUCAGGUUUGAGGGAAGAUGAAAGCAUUUUUUCCCCACAUAUUUGCCAAAUUAGAUUUGAUUAUAUAUAAUUCACAAAUUUCUAAAAUGUGUAUCUUAACAUGUAUUAGCCAAAGUAAUGUUUAAAUCACCCCCGAGUGGAGCCUAAGAUAAAAUUUUUACAAAUACAGUUAUGACCUAAAUGCUAUUUCAGGUUCUUAGUCAUUUAAACUAUCUACUUUAACCUUAUUCUUAAAAUGCAAAGUUUUUAGCGAGCUUUUCAAAGCUUACUGGCCCCCGGUUUCUGCUGGAGAUACACGGUAUUAACGUAAAUAAAUUUUUAACUACUCAGUCUGGAGAGCUGGAAAAUUAUUCAGGAAAUAUGGUCACAUAAGUCAAGCUUAACUAGCUUUGUGACAGUCUACCUCUGCACUAGGAGAAAUAGAAUGUGGGCCACAUGUAAUUUUAAAUUUUCUAGUAGCCGCAUUAAAAAUAAGGUGAAAUUAAUUUGAAUAAAAUGAUUUAAUCCAACUUGUGCCAAAUAUCAUUUCAACAUGUAAUCAAUAUAAAAAUAUAUUAAUAAGAUAUUUUAUAUUUUUUCAUAUAUUUUCUACUUAGUGCACAAUUUGGAUGCUAAUGUUCUUUGGACUUACAUGAUCUGUAUUUAGAGUUCAUACAAUUUACAAUUGAAAACCUAGAUUCACAUACAGUUGCAGACAUACUUAAUUUUUUCCCAGUAACUGAAGUAAUUACUGGUUUAAAUUUAUAUUAAAAUUAAAACCUGGGGCACCUGGCCAGCUCAGGCAGAAGAGCAUGUGACUGUUGAUCUCAGGAUCGUGAGUUCAAGACCCACAUUGGGCAAAGAAAUGACUAAAAGAAAAUACUGGGAAAAAAAAAAAAACCAACCCAUCACCAGUUCCUCAGUCACACCAACCACACUGUGAGCUCUUGAUAGCCCCAUGUGUGGCUAGUGGGUUCUGUGUGUAUGACACAGGCGUACCUAUUUCUAACUUGAGAGCCGGUCUCAGCCAUAAAAGUAUCUUCUGUCAGAGUUCUGGUUUGUUUGACCAGCUGUCAAAGGGAGAGGAGGAAAUGAGAGCUUUAUAAAUGUAGCCUGUCUUUAGUGUCCCCGAUACACAUUCUGCCCUCUGAAAUCCCAAAUUCUAAAGUUCAAUGUCUCUGUACCCAAAGUAAAUGUCAUGUACAUAAAAAUGUUUUCUAUUGUUUGAGAAAUUGCCGGCUCAAUGUUUCACAACUUAUUUUGUACUAAACUUGUACAGUUUUUUAAAUUGUUUUAACAAAUGCAGAAAUACAAAGUGUGCUUCUUAGGAUAUAGAA